AUGGGGCUGGCUUUGGAAGGUGAAGGUGGAGAGGAAUUAGUCGGCGGAGGAUGGUUGCAAGACCCUUUCAAACCUAAACCUUGCAUGCAAUAUGGCUAUGGUGGUGGAAGAAGCUUUACAGAGAAGAACGAAGAGCAGAAACGGCGUAUACAAAAAAUUUUAGACGAUUCAUCCUCAAGCUCUUCCUCUAGGGAUGAAUUUGAAGAUCUUUUAGUUAUGGAAUAUGAAAGAAAACGAUUUGAGCUUAAAGAAGGAUCAACGUCAUGUAUUGGUUCUCGUCGACGACGUUCGUUCAUUGAUCGUAACCCACUGCAGGGUCACGAACGCAUUUUCAAUGAUUAUUUUGCAGAAUCACCAGUCUAUAAUGAUGAUAUGUUUCGAAGGAGAUUUCGCAUGAAUCGAGCUCUAUUUCUUCGAAUUCAAUAUGCAAUAGAGAUUCAUGAACCAUAUUUUCAACAAAACAGAAAUGCAACUGGUAGAUUGGGGUUGUCUUCUCUUCAAAAGAUAACUGCAGCCAUGAGGAUUCUUGCUUCUGGAGUUGCUGCAGAUUUCAUGGACGAGUACUGGAAGAAUUGUCUGACUGCAUGGAAAGGUAUGUAUACUGGACAUUGUCAUGAACCAACAAUUGUUUUAGAAGUUGUUGCAUCAUAUGAUCUAUGGAUAUGGCAUGCAUUCUUUGGACUACCAGGGUCUCAUAAUGACAUAAACGUGUUAGAACGAUCCCCUGUUUUUUCUGAACUAGCUCAAGGACGUGCUCCUACGGUUAACUAUUCAAUCAAUGGUCAUAGCUAUACAAUGAGAUACUAUCUAGCUGAUGGUAUAUAUCCUUCAUGGGCCACUUUUGUGAAAUCAAUCCCCUUACCACAAACUAUGAAGACCAAACAUUUUGUAAGAUGUCAAGAAGGUGCAAGAAAAGAUGUGGAACGCGCAUUUGGAGUGCUACAAUCACGAUUCGCAAUAGUACAUGGACCUGCUCGUUAUUUUGAGACUGAAACACUUAAAGAUAUUAUGUAUGCAUGUAUAAUCUUGCACAACAUGAUCGUUGAAGACGAGCGACAUCUACACGUUUCACAAAAUUUUUCCUUCACGUAUGAUCAGAUUGAUGAAAGUCCUCUGCCAAUAGAAGUGCCACAUGACCAUGCAUAUGAACUUCAAGAUUUUAUAAAUCAACAUUAUCUAAUCAGAGAUAGAAAAGUUCAUGCUCAACUCCAAGGUGAUCUUAUCGAGCAGUUAUGGAAUAUUUAUAGUGAAUCUUAA